GUCAUUUUCAAAUCUUCGCAGUGCCCAGUCAUCGCUAGACAAAAUUGAGAUUCGACUAUUCUACAUCCUUACGACGAAAUCUUCAACAUUGAAUCUACCGUGGACAAGGCUUAGCAAUCAUGCGACUUCGAGGCAAGUCUUACUCCAGGGAAUAAAAGUACGAUUUACCCAAUGGAAAAAAGCUUUUGAUGACUUUUCUGAGCACGAAGCAAACAACAUGAAUGCAAGAGAUUUAAAGCUGCUGCUAUUGCUAGAAUUGCAUUAUCAGACAACAUCUCUUAUGCUUGAUCUCAAAGGUGAUAUCAGCCCUGUAUCAUCAUCCUCCGACGCACAAUGCACUAGAAUCAACGAGUUAUCGAAAAAUCUGAUCCUAGCAUCAUCUAAUCCCAAAUCGACGUUCUUAGUUGAUACAGGCGUAAUUGCUCCUCUGUAUUUUGCAGCUACAACCACGUCUUGCGUAUGUAUACGACAGCAAUCUCUAGACUUGCUUCGUUCUAUAAGCUGGAAAGAAGGACUUUGGGAUUCUAGAAUUGUUGUCCAAAUUGCGGAGCACUUAUCAGUGGUGGAGGAAUCUGGUUUAGUGAGAAUUGAUGUUUCUGGAGGAGUUCCAGAGCUUGCUGAUAUUUUUUCUGCUAGCGUAAGAUCCGGUACGCAGGUUUAGAUUGAAGGAUCCCAGUUAAGAGUGUGCAUGAGCAGCUAUGCAAGCAUCUAUGCAAUAACAUCUUCAUGCUAUCAUCAACAUC